CGAAAUUUUGCGCAUGAUUCCAUACUUAAAAGAAUUGCUUUGUUUUAUACUACAUGCUUCAAGUCGUUAGUAAUAAGUGAUAGUACAUACACCUGUGGAAUCAGAUAGUGUAACUUAAAUUCAAAAAUUCAGCACGAAAACAUCCAGAAGGGACGCGUCUAUCAAGAAGGCACUUAUAAGGGGAAAAGGUACGGAAACAUGGGCGAGAGGCAAACAAACGGCAACGCCAUAUCGGUUUCGGUGAUUCCUUCAGUUAAUGAACCACCAAAAGACGUCAAAUUGAUCACCGUUGACUCAGCGAAACAUGAGGAAAAAAGCAACAAAAUCCAAAUCGGCGACGAUAUGACAACGGUGGACAGGGUUGUCUUGUUUCUGGGUGAAGUGGGCGGAACGGCCAUCCUGGUUUUUCUGGGCUGCAUGGGGUGCAUAGCCUGGGGCACAGACUCCGCCGGAAACCCAGUGGGGCCACCACACGAGCAGAUAUCCUGGACUUUUGGUCUGGCCGUUAUGGUAGCAGUGCAAGUAUUUGGGCACGUUUCUGGAUCUCAUAUAAACCCUGUGGUGACAGUUGCAGCGGCUACUUUAGGAAACAUUUCGUUAAUACAAGUUCCAAUCUACUUUAUAGGACAAAUGGCUGGUGCUUUAUUAGGAUUUGGACUUCUCAAGGGUUGCACUCCUGAAUUUUAUUUCCAAAACAAUAGAAACACAACUCUGGGAGAAAAACUCCCAGGACUUUGUUCACCAUCCCCCAAUCCGAAUAUUACCGCCCAACAAGCCUUUUUGGUGGAGUUCAUCAUAACUUUCAUCCUCGUUUUAGUCUGUUGCGGUGUAUGGGACCCAAGGAACGCCAAACACCAUGACUCUGUACCAAUCAGAUUCGGUUUUGCUAUCGCAGUACUCGCCAUGGCUGGGGGACCCUACACAGGCGCCAACAUGAACCCUGCCAGAAGUUUUGCCCCAGCUUUGUUCAAUGGCGACUGGAAGCAUCACUGGGUCUAUUGGGUUGGCCCCCUGGCGGCAGCUUUCCUAGGAGCCCUCCUCUACAGAUUCGUGUACGCAAAGGACCCCCCAAAACAAUCGCAAAACGACUUGCAUGAGGCACUGCCCCUUAAUGAUAAAGCGUAAAAAAGUACAAAAAACUAUUUUAAUUUAAUGGUUGUGCCAGCUGAUUAAAAGUGUUGUUAACAAAUUUAUUAUUUUGUUAUAGAAUGCAUUACACACAAAUCAAUUAUGAUUGUUAAAGGUACAUAAUAUGUAUAUUGUAUGUGGAAUAUUUUUCGUAUAUUUUGUUAAAAAAAUAUAAUAUAGUUUUAUUUUUUGUGAA